CACUUGUUUUUAUCUCACUUGGCCCCUCGGACUCAACCCAUUACCAUUCUGCCGGCUUCACUGCGUCCCACUGGUCCAUAACAGCCCCUUUAUCAGUGGUCUUGGUCGUCUCUCGUGGCACCCCUCUUGUUCUCAGGGGGAUCUGAAUCUGAGCCGCGUUGAGGUUGAGCUAGUUCAUUUCGUCUGCAAGCAUCUGAAGAAAGGAUGGCGGGCACCUUGACAAAACUGUGCAAGUCUCUGGGACAGCUUCCCUCACAAGCUGUCAACAUCACAGCACCAGCUACUGCUGCAGCAUCACGCAGGAAUUAUGCGAGUGUCAAACGUGCCGAAUGUGUCAACCCGGUGGUGGAGAUGGAUGGCGAUGAAAUGACGCGUAUCAUUUGGGCCAGCAUCAAGGAAAAGCUCAUUCUGCCUUACAUUAAGGUGGAGUGUUUGUACUAUGAUCUAGGUCUUCCGUACAGGGAUGAGACCAAUGAUCAAGUUACAAUUGAUGCUGCACAUGCCAUUCAAAAACACCAUGUUGGCAUCAAAUGUGCAACCAUUACACCUGAUGAGGCGCGUGUGGAGGAAUUCAAGCUCAAAAAAAUGUGGCUUAGUCCGAAUGGAACAAUUAGAAACAUUUUGGGUGGAACUGUUUUCCGUGAGCCCAUUAUGUGCAAAAACAUCCCUCGGUUAGUUCCUGGCUGGACGAAGCCUAUUGUAAUUGGUAGACAUGCCCAUGGUGACCAGUACAAGGCUAAGGAUUAUGUUGUCACUCGUCCAGGAAGGAUGGAACUUGUUUUCACUGACGCAGCUGGCAAGUCUGAAAGGUUGGAGGUAUUCAACUUCCCUGGCAGAGGAGUUGCUCUUGGAAUGUACAACACUGAUGAUUCGAUUGAAGCUUUUGCUCACUCCAGUUUCCAGGUUGCUUUGAAGAAUAAAAUGCCUUUGUACCUCUCAACCAAAAAUACAAUUUUGAAAAAGUAUGAUGGAAGAUUCAAAGACAUUUUUGAAGAAAUUUACAACAAAAGCUACCGUGCAGACUAUCAGAAAGCUAGUAUCUGGUAUGAGCAUCGUUUGAUUGAUGACAUGGUUGCUCAAGCUUUAAAAUCCGAUGGAGGCUUUGUGUGGGCUUGCAAAAACUAUGAUGGAGAUGUACAGUCUGAUAUCGUGGCCCAAGGCUAUGGAUCUCUUGGUUUGAUGACAUCAGUGUUGAUGUGCCCUGAUGGCAUAACAAUUGAGUCAGAAGCUGCACAUGGAACAGUCACCCGCCAUUAUCGGCAACACCAAAAGGGACUCCCUACUUCAACCAACCCAAUUGCUUCAAUCUUUGCAUGGACCCGUGGUCUUGAACACCGUGCAAAGCUUGAUAACACUCCUGAUGUGGCUAGAGUGGCAAAAUCCAUGGAAGAGGCUUGUGUUGAGUGUGUGGAAGCUGGUGAGAUGACUAAGGAUCUGGCCAUUUGCAUCCAUGGCAUGGCUAAUGUUAAAGAGUCUAUGUACCUCAACACUCAAGAUUUUAUGACAGCUGUUCAGCAGCGACUUGAUCACAAACUAAGGAACUAAUAACAUUCACAUUUGUUGUCACUGUUUGCUCUGCCUUAGCUUACCUGAAGUGGUGACUGAGAUGAGCAUGUUUAUGUUCUUAUGUCUUUCUCCUUGAGAUAUUCUAUCAAGCGGCGUCCUAUAUUCCAAUACUGUAUGUUUUUAGUUUUAAUAUUGUGCAUGCCUCUAUUCGAUAUUAUCAUGAUAUUUCUAUGUACAAAGUGUGCAGAUAAGUGGAUAGAAUGCCCUACAGUAUUUAAAGAAUCCCAGAAACUGUUGAUGAGAUUAAACUUUCCUCUUUUUGAAAUAGACAUGUAUACAAAACAUUUUUAAGUUGAAGCCUUAUGGGAUAGGGGCUCUCAGGUUUGAACAAAAGACAGAAAAAUAUAGCUAGCUGGUUACUAUGAAGCCUCUAGGUGCUGUUUUUACUCAUUAUUUUCAACCAAAAUAAAUGUGUUAAAUCAUUGUUAGAAUCAACUUCUUUUAAUUUGUGCCAUUGAACUGAAGAACAAUGAACUUUUUGAAUUUUAUUUCCAAGCUGAAAUUUGUUAAAGCUUGUCUAAUUUGAUAGAUUUUUACCUUAAGAACUGCUAUUAUAAAUGUACCCAAUCAUGCUGUUUUUGUACUGAUUUGGGUGCAAGGUACAGUUUGCCUGUAACUCACUUUAGACAUCUAAAUAGGGUACUAUUUGUUAUAGUUCUCUUUAGCUACUGGCAGAAUUCCUAGUGAAUAAUGUAAAUUAUAUUUUCAUAUGUUUGGAUUUAUUGUUCCUAUGAAUCAUCACAAUUACUAUCAAGUUAGUCUUUAAUACAUUUUAAAAUGGAAUUGUUAUCGGAUAUCACAGAGAAGCUCCUCUGUCAAGAAAUAAAAAUUAUGUAUACUGA